AUUUAUUAACUUGGUAAAGAUUAUUAAUACAAAUGGCUAUUUUUUUUCAAACUAUAACGAAACGGUCAAUAUCUUCAAUUAUAUCAUCAAGACCGUCUUUAGCUAAUAAAUUCAUAGUACCGAGACAAAUCCAAUUAGGAGCUACUACUAGUAAUAGGAAUGAAAUAUCACAAAUAUUCUUAAAUAGGUAAAUAUAAAUCAUGCCAUUCCAAUUUAAUGUGUCAAAGUCACUUACUACUACCAACAACGCUUUUUUUUAUGAAAAUUUUAACACGUUUACUAUUAAUAUUCGUAAUUUAUUAUCUCUAUAACAGGUUUUUUUCAUCUUCUUCUAUCAAAACUAUGACUGAAAAACAAAAUACUGUUGUUAUUGUUGGUGGUGGUUUAGCUGGUCUUACAGCUGCUGUCGAAGCUCAUAAUCAAGGUAAUACAAAGGUUAUUUUGAUUGAAAAAGAAAAAAACAUUGGUGGUAAUUCUAUGAAAGCUACUUCUGGCAUUAAUGCUAUUGAACCAUUAAAUAAUGAUAGUCGUGAAGCUUUUAUUGAAGACACUCUCAAGUCUGGUGCUGGUAUCUGUCGCGAAGAUCUUGUUAUCAAGUUAGUUGAUGAAAGUCGUUCUGCUCUUGACUGGCUAAUCAAGGAAAGUGAAUUUGAAGCUGGUAAUCCAACUUUAGAUUUAUCUGUUGUCUCUCGUUGUGGUGGUCACUCAGUCGGUCGUACGCAUCGUUGUCCUGCUCAAAAUGGCCGUCCUGUCCCUGUCGGUUGGAAGUUAGUUGAUACUCUCAAGAAACGUUUUACCUCUUAUCCUGAUGUUGAAGUUAUUACAAAUGCACAAGUUUUAAACUUACUUACUGAACCUAACCAGAAGAAUGUCAAAUCUGUUGUAGGCGUUCAAAUUUUAAAGAAGGACCCUGAAACAGAACAAGAAAGUAAGGAAGAAAUUAGAGCUAACGCUGUCGUUUUGACAAGUGGUGGUUUUGCUGGUCAAACUGGAAAGUAUUUACCCAAUGGUAAACAUACACUUUUGAGCGAAUUUGCACCUCAAUUAGUUAACACUGCUACUACCAACGGCCCUUGGGCUGCCGGUGAAGGUGUUCGUCUUGGAUUGGCGGUCGGAGCUGGUAUCAGAGAUAUGGAUCAAGUCCAAGUUCAUCCUACAGGUUUUGUUGACCCUAAUAAUCCUACUGCGCCUACCAAGUUCUUAGCUCCUGAAGCACUUCGAGCUUAUGGUGGUAUCCUUUUAAAUGGUAAUGGUAAGCGAUUUAUUGACGAAUUGACCUUACGUGAUCGUGUUACGGCUGCUGUAUAUCGUCAAACUGGAACCAACCAUAAUCAUCCUGAUAGUUUAAUGAGUAAAGUUUUACCUAAGGAUUAUGCUGCUGCUUAUAUGGUCUUGACAGAUGAUGCUGUCGAAGGAUUCGGUAAGAGUACCUUAGGUUUCUAUGCCUCAAAGGGUUUCUUCACUCAAGCUGAAGGUAUUGAGAAUUUGGCUAAAGUGUUGGAUGUUGAUGUUAAGGAAUUAGAACAAGAAUUUAAAGAAUAUGAUCAACAUGUUGGUUCUGAUAAGCCUGAUAAGACUCAAAAGACAUUCUUCCCUGGUCCUAUUUCAGGUCCUACUACAUACUGGGUUGCCUUGACCACACCUGUUGUUCACUAUACUAUGGGUGGUCUUAACAUGAAUACGGAUGCUGCUAUUUUAGCUGAAGAUAAUGUUUCUGUCAUUCCUGGUUUGUAUGGUGCCGGUGAAGUCACUGGUGGUGUUCACGGUCAUAAUCGUUUAGCUGGUAACUCUCUUUUGGAAUGUGUUGUAUUCGGUAGAACCGCUGGUCGUAAUGCUGCUCUUUAUGCUCAACAACAAUAAAUAGUAUACAUGUUAUUCAUUAUAAAAAAAAAAAAAUUUUUAGCUUUGUAUUUUAGCAAAUAUAUCAUAUAAAUAAAUAAAAUAAACAAAACA